CACUAGCAAAAAGAAAAAUGGUAGUUUGCUAAAAAGUACAGAAUUUUUCUCUGAAAUGUAGCAAGUUGCCCGCAAUUGUACUUAAGUAGGUAUAAUAUUAGUAAGUAUAAAAUACAAUUACAUUCUACCACUAGUCAUAACAGAUAUAUUACACACAAAUAUUAAAGUAAAUUAAAUUGAAAAUAUAUAUUUUAAAUAAAAGGACAUAACGAGAUAACCUAUACUUCCGGUAGAUGGCGGUAAUGUAACAAAAAGAACCUGUGCGAGAGCUAAACCACAAAGAAGAAGUCCAACAUGGCGUCUGUGAUCAGCGACGAGUGGAGAGCCGUUUGCGACAAAUUCACCAACGCCCAGAAUCUCACUGUUGUCGAAUCACGAAAUGACCCCGAAAACGACCCGUUCCGCUCCAAAUACAAGGCCAGGGAGCUCCUCCGGGAGAUAUACUGCACGCUCAAGAGCUUCGAGGCCGGCGAAGGCGAAGAGGAAAGCGGCGCAGAGAGCGGCGAACAGCGGCCGACUGAGCCUGCGGUGGACGGGCAGAGGGAGGACGGGUACGGCCAGGGCUUCAGCGGGGACUCGCCAGCCGGGCUGCGGGCCGCUAAACUCGGGGCGGUUGAGUACUAUCUGGGCGUCAACCAUGUUGACACGGAGGAGCUGUCCGCCGGGCAGGAGCAUCUGAUGAACUGCAUGAAGCUGCUUGAGAGAUGCAGUGUGUCGCCGGAGAAUGCGUCGCUGUUCAUCCAUGUCAGGAACCAGUUGGGUAUCCUGUCGGCAGGCUGGGAUGAGACCGAGGCGGCUCAGGAAUUCCUUGAAACGGCAGAAUCCAUCUACCAACGUUAUCUGAAGGAGGACGGGACUCCACCUACUGAUAUGACGGAGUACUUCACUACUGAGGAGAACCUGCUGACGCAUCAGGAAAAGACCAAGAGGUUUGAGUUGGCCUACACGCACACCAUGUAUUACCUUGCUCAAGUCUAUAAAAACCUGGGGGAAACGGAGCGUGCUGCCACCUACUGCCACAGCACCUUGCAGAGACAGUUAAAGUUAAAUCAGUUCAGUCCAAUGGAGUGGGCUCUGAAUGCUGCCACGCUAUCACAGUAUUACAUCACCAAGGGCCGAUACAUGGAAGGCAGACAUUGCCUCUCAGCAGCUACUGUCAUAUCAGAUUUGGCAGGAGAGGUUCCUUCUGAGGCCGCAGCACAGGAGAGUGAGAUGGAGGGUGAGCGCAGGGAGCAGCUCAGACAGAAGAGAGCAGAGAUUGCAAGAUGUUGGAUCAAAUAUUGUCUCAACGUCCUGCAGGACUCCAAGAAGCUGCUCGAGGACAGCAUCGGGGAGCUCGACACCGAUCGUCAAGAAGAGUCGAAGACGGCGAGGAGACGAGAGGAAGAAGAGGAAGAGAAGGGCAGGAAGAGCGCUCUGCUGUUUGGCUCUGAGGACACCUUCGACUCCAUUGCUAGUCUGGAAGAGAAGGUGCGCUGUUUGCUACCACUGGACUUCACUGAGGCCAGAGCUGUGUUCCUGGUGGGACAGAAUUAUGUCACACAGGCCAAGGAGUAUUUCCAGAUGGACGGCUAUGUGACGGACCACAUAGAGAUCUUGCAGGAUCACAGCGCUCUGUUCCGGGCCCUUGCUUUCUAUGAAGAGGAUCUGGAGCGACGCUGCAAAAUGCACAAACGCAGAGUUGACAUGCUAGAGCCAGUCUGCAGUGACUUGAACUCCCAGUACUACCUCAUGAUCCGCAGACAGAUGAUGUUUGAGCUCGCUGAGAUCUACAAUGAAAUGAUGGACCUGAAACUCACACUUGCCAACAGACAGUCCGAUACCCAGUCUCUAGAUAACCACACCGUUAAUAAAUUCAACCAUCUCUGCUCUGCCUCUGCCAAAUACUUCCAGAUGUUCCUCGACUCUCUGUGUUCUCCAGAGGGGAAGAUUCCGGAGCACCUGGAGGAGGAGGUGCUCCGACCGGCUCUGGUGGCCCGCUUCAGAGUGGCCCGACUCUACAGCCGACUGAUCAGCUCUUCACCCUCCACUCAGCUGGAAAACAUUGACAAAUCUCUGGAACACUACAAAUACGUGGUGCAGUACUGUGAGGCCCACCCCGAGGCAGCAGCCACUGUGGAGACGGAGCUGGAGCUGAGUGCGGAGAUGGUCGGCCUGCUCCCUCUCAAAAUGAACCGCAUCAAAGCAAAGAUGGUUGCAGACAACUGAAGGACGUCCCGGCUCUCUAAGAGCCAGUCAAUCUAAAUGCACCACCUUUAUAAUCCGUGGACACUAACAAUUAGAAAAAAAACUGGAUGGCAGAGUUUCUGGCUUAUUUCUUUCUUUUUUUUUGUGCGAUGGGUAUGCUGCUUACACGAGACCUUUGAACCCAUUGCACGCAUUCACAGUAUGUGCUUUCCUCCGUGAAGUAAUCAAUUAAUUUUCAUAAAGCACAGUAAAUAUACUCUUCAAAAUGUAUAUGAAAGCAUAUUUCUCCUCGUACUAAGAAAUAAUUGAAAAUGGUUAAAAACGUUAAAUUGAGUGUGAAUUGACUCUUUUUGUCUUCGCAUCGAUUUCAUCUCCACUAGAAUGGUGUGAAGAUAUCUCGGUCCAUCACGAAAAUGUCAACAAAAAAAGUAGCUGAUUGGAAUGAGACCUCUACAUCUAUGUGGUGGAUAUGUGCAUAACAGGUUUCAUUUUAUUUUCUGUCACUAUCUUCAAUGACCCUAGUCUCAUUCAUACUUGUUUUCUAUUGUUAAUCAUAUUGGUUUUCAUUGAAUGUGGCUUUUUCGUUGUUGUGUAAAGCACUUUAGCACAUUCAAAUUCAGUUUACUCCGCUACUUUAUGUCUCUGAUGGUAAAACGAAGUUAUGACCGAUGGUGUGAUGAGGGUUAGCGUAACCAUGAUCACAAUAGGCAUCCUAAGGUACAGAUAGUUGAGUAGACUCAGUUUGUACUACAGACAGGUUUGGGGGGGGGGUCCCGGGACAGAGGGCGUCGUAUGUGUACAGAUUGUAAAGCCCUCUGAGGCUACUUUGUCAUUUUGGGCUGUACAAAAUACAUCGAAUUUAAUUGAAAUUUGUUGUUGCGCCUUAAAACUGAGAUUAUUGUUCUGAAAAUCUUCAGAAACAACCGUCCCAUUGACAUUAAGUGGAUUUAGCAAUUAUGAAUAAUCUGCAUGAUGCCAACUGAACCUCUUGUCUUCCUGUCUCUUGGGGAUCACAAUGUCACCCCGUUGUAUGUACAGCAGAAACCGUAUGUAAUAGAAAUAAACCAAUGAAGUAAUACACACUUAUUUCACAACAACAAUAUUUGCUUUUUACUUGAAAAAAUAAGCUGGGAGUAAAAUGGGUUCUCUGGCAUUUUUUCUUGUAUCUAUAUAAAGCAACUAACACAUUUAUUUAAUGACUGGGGGAUCCGAAGUUAAAGGCUGAAAUGAUCUCGGUUUGGGGCCCAAAUUAAAUUAUUUAUCAAGAGAAAUGUCUACGGUUGUCUGUGAACACUGAAUUAAACUGACUGAGACAUUG